UCGCAUCUCACGGCUUUCUCUCCGGCUCCUCCCACUCUUUCUCAUGUGUUUCAUCACUAGAGUUAGAUAAUAUAGCGGCCAUUUUGUUAUAGUCUUAGAUAGAUAUAUGUGUAGUAUUAUAGACGGCGACACUUCCGGAGUGGGCUGGGCUACAGACUUCGUCGACAUUAUAUAUACUAACAUCCAGAGUCGUCUUGAGGGGAGAGGGGACUGUGCAGUGAGAGGAGAUUACAGAAGUGGCUGCAUCAGAUCACAGCCCCAGCAGCAUCACAGUCAUAUUUGCUGCGUCUGGGUAACAACAUACAGCACUGGUGACACAGAAAACAACCAGGCAGUCUGGACAGAAGUUCCAGCUUGUGAAUUACAUGAAGAUCCAUCUGUUCAUAAUAAAGAAUCUAUCCCUUGUGAUAAAGAAAAUCUUCUACAUCCUGACAGUUUCAUGUGACGGAGAAGAUCUCACACACACUGACAUGUAUACUCCUACAGAUCAUACACAGUAUACAGCUACUCAUAUUAAGGAGAAACCAGCCUCAUGUGAUGGAAGAGACCUCACACACACUGACAUGUAUACACCCACAGAUCAUACACAGUAUACAUCUACUCGUAUUAAGGAGGAACCAGCCUCAUGUGAUGGAGGAGACCUCACACACACUGACAUGUAUACACCCACAGAUCAUACACAGUAUACAUCUACUCAUAUUAAGGAGGAACCAGCCUUGUGUGAUGUAGGAGACCUCACACACACUGACAUGUAUACACCCACAGAUCAUACACAGUAUACAUCUACUUAUAUUAAGGAGGAACCAGCCUCAUGUGAUGGAGGAGAUCUCAGACACACUGACAUGUAUACACCCACAGGUCAUACACAGUAUACAUCUACUCAUAUUAAGAAGGAACCAGUUUCAUGCGAUGGAGGAGACCUCACACACACUGACAUGUAUACACCCACAGGUCAUACACAGUAUACAUCUACUCAUAUUAAGGAGGAACCAGCCUCGUGUGAUGAAGGAGACCUCACACACACUGACAUGUAUGCACCCACAGGUCAUACACAGUAUACAUCUACUCAUAUUAAGAAGGAACCAGUUUCAUGCGAUGGAGGAGACCUCACACACACUGACAUGUAUACACCCACAGAUCGUACACAGUAUACAUCUACUCAUAUUAAGGAGGAACCAGUUUCAUGCGAUGGAGGAGACCUCACACACACUGACAUGUAUACACCCACGGAUCAUACACAGUAUACAUCUACUCAUAUUAAGGAGGAACUGGCCUCAUUUGAUGGAGGAGACCUCACACACACUGACAUGUAUAUACCCACAGGUCAUACACAAUAUACAUCAACUCAUAUUAAGGAGGAACCAGUCUCAUGUAAUGGAAGAGACCUCACACAUACUGACGUGUAUACACCCACAGAUCAUACACAGUAUACAUCUGCUCAUAUUAAGGAGGAACCAGACUCAUAUGAUGGAGGAGACCUCACACACACUGACAUGUAUAUACCCACAGGUCAUACACAGUAUACAUUGACUCAUAUUAAGGAGGAAUCAAUCUCAUGUAAUGGAGGAAAUCUCACACACACUGACAUUUAUACAUCCAUAGAUCACACACAAUAUAAAUCUACUCAUGCUGAGGAGGAACUAGGGUCUUCUUCCAAAGGUGAAACAUGUGUUAAGAACAGGUCCAGUCAUCUUCGACACCAGAGGAAAAAGAAUCUAGAUACCAAUAGAGACAAAUCUUGGUCCUGCCCUGAAUGUGGAAAAUGUCUUUCUAGUAAGGGAUCGCUUAAUAACCAUCAGAGAACUCACACAGGUGAGAAGCCAUUUCCAUGCUCGGAGUGUGACAAAUGUUUCACAUUAAAAGCAAAUCUUGUUAGACAUCAGAGAACUCACACAGGUGAGAAGCCAUUUCCGUGUUCUGAGUGUGGGAAAUGUUUUGCUCAGAAAUCAGAUCUUGUUGCACAUCAGAGAACUCACACAGGUGAGAAGCCAUUUCCAUGUUCUGAGUGUGGUAAACGUUUUAUAUGUAAAUCAAAUCUUACUGUGCAUCAGAUAAGUCACACAGAUGAGAUGCCAUUUAGAUGCUCUGAGUGUGAAAAAUGUUUUACAAGGAAAUCAGAGCUUGUUCUGCAUGAGAGGAGUCACACAGGUGAGAAACCAUUUCCAUGUUUUGAGUGUGGGAAGCGGUUUACAUGUAAAGCACAUCUUGUUAGACAUCAGAGAGGUCACACAGGUGAGGGGCCAUUUAGAUGCUCUGAAUGUGGGAAAUGUUUCUCACAUAAAUCAGAACUCGGUACACAUCAGAGAAGUCACACAGGUGAGAGGCCAUUUCCAUGUUCUGAGUGUGGGAAAUGUUUUAACUGUGGCUCACUUUUGAAAAGACAUCAGAAGAUCCACACAGGUGUGAAGCCAUAUACAUGCUCUGAGUGUGGGAAAUGUUUUACACAAAAAUCAAAUCUUGUUAAACAUCAGAGAAGUCACACAGGUGAGAGGCCAUUUCCAUGUUCUGAGUGUGGGAAAUGUUUUAACCGUAGCUCACAUCUGAAAACACAUCAGAAGAUCCAUAUAGAGCAGAAACCAUGAUAUGGCUCCAAAAGUGGGAAAAAUUUCAGUCCUAAGUCAAAUCAGAAAGUACAUAAACAAGUCACGCAGGAGAAAAACUAUAAUUGUUCUGAAUGUUGUAAAUGAUUUUCCUUUAUCUCAGAAGAGUUUGGGAAAAUCUGUACAGGAGAAAGCAAUACUACCAGUGGGCGUCUUUCUCUACCAAAACUACAUCUUAGUCGAUAUGUAAUGUCACUAGGAGGCACAGGAGACUGUGCUAAUUUGAUAUGUGAUACUUGUAUAUCUGUGUGCGACUGAGUCUGUAUAUGAAGCACAUUGCAGCACUUUGUAAGCAGAUUCAGAGACUCAGUCGCACACUGAUAUACAUUACAAGUGUCACAUAUCAAAUUAAUCUGCACAGUCUCCUGGUGCCUCCUAUUCGUAUCGCGUUACAACUUUCCAUUUCCAAGUAAAAGACGCCUGGCGCUAGCAGAGUCUCCUGGGACCUGGCGCACGGAGAGUGGCUGUUACAGCAACAAUGAACAAGGACACAUCUGUAUUAUUUGUAGGUUCCUUUAGGGACCCGGCUGUGCAGAGUAGCCCCUCUGUGGUAUAGGGAAGAAUUAUUUCCACAGUGGAAUCUCAGAGGAUGUUUAUAGUAUAAAGUGUAUUGUUACAGCGGUUUCUUGCUGUGUCCAACUGUCUGCAAAACGUGAGAGCCCCGUCACAGUUACCGGUAUGGCACCAUUAUGUGUAUUUUAUCUUCAUGUAAAUAGUAAUAAAAUAUAUAGUAUGGGAAUAAA